UUGCUUUUAGGGUUUUCAGUUGCCAGGAUGUCGCCGGAGAAGAAAGCUUCGGAGGGCAUAGCUUUGCUCUCGAUGUACGGUGACGAAGACGACGAGAUGGAAGACCUUGAUGAAGAGAGAGAAAACCCUCGUGAAGAGGAUGCUAUCCCCCCUCCGGCGUUGGAUGGCGUCGCCGUGAAAGAUGACGAUGAUGUUAUUGUUGGUGAUUACGGCAAUAAUGGGAAUAUGCAGCGGCCACAGGAAGAGAGAGGUUUGAACGAUAGCUCUACUCCUAGUAAGGAAUUUAAUUAUGUUACUUCCUCGGCAUCUGCAACUCCACAGCAAGCUCUCUUUUCACCUCAGCAGCAGCAGCAGCAGCAGCAGCAACUGAGUAAAAAGAGUCGGAUGCUAAUUGUGGAUUAUGGGCACGAGGAGGGUGCAAUGUCUCCGGAGGCUGAGGAUGGUGAGAUCCCGGAAGCUGGUCGAGUGAUGUAUGGGGAGAUGCUUCAAACUAGUGAUGGUGAGUCUGAUAAAAAAUCACCAGGAAUAUCUCGGCUUACUACACCAAGCACUCAAGCAACACCACCUCAGUUGUUGGAGCCAAGUGAUCAGCCUGAAUCAGAUGGUAUGAGUUGUGCUGUAAAGGAAUCAGAAUCUGGAGGGAUUGAGGAUGCAGUUAAUGUCUCUGUUGAAGACAAAAAAGAUGUUGACCCAUUAGACAAAUUUCUUCCUCCUCCCCCCAAGGUCAAAUGCUCUGAAGAGUUGCAGAAUAAUGGGAAACUCAGGAUUGAGAUGGUGAUGCAGUCGACCAGUUUAUCUGAGAAGAUCAUCAGGUUUCUUGCGCUUAAGAAGACUAGUGGCAGAAGCUUCAAUUCUGAGGUGCGGAAUAGAAAGGAGUAUCGGAACCCGGACUUUUUGCUGCAUGCUGUGACUUACCAAAAUAUUGAUCAGAUUGGUUCAUGCUUCCCCAAAGAUGUCUUUGAUCCUCAUGGAUAUGACAAAAGUGACUUCUAUGAUGAAAUAGCAGAAGCCGACAUGAGGCGGGAAACGGAAAGGAGGGAGCAAGAAAAGAAGAAAAACCAAAAGGUGGAUUUUACUUCUGCAGGAGUGCAGCCAGGACUUGUUAUUCCCACUCCUAAAAUUAGCUUGCCAACUCCAGGAUUUAGUGCUGUUGGUGGUGGGGUGACAAAUGUGACUCCGGCUACUUCAGAUGUUACAGCUCGGGAUGGAAGACAGAACAAAAAGUCCAAGUGGGAUAAGGUGGAUGUUGAUCAAAGGAAUUCCCUAAGCAGUGGUGGGCAGGAAAAUUUAUCUGCUGUUGGUGCUCACGCAGCACUUAUAUCCGCUGCUAAAGCUGCUAGUGGAUACUCUGCUUUUGCGCAACAGAAGAGAAAGGAGGCAGAAGAUAAGCGGUCUAGUGAUAAGAGGUUGGAGAGAAGAUCAUAGAGUUGCCCUUUUGUCGAGCCUUAACAUACGUAUAAGCAUGAUCAUUGACAUUUAAGGUGAAAAGAAUCGUUAUUUAUGAGAAUUUUAGCUUGUAUCCCAUCUGAAGGGCAUACGUUGUAUACAUACAUGGCUAUGAAUGAAGUUCAUUUUUAUAUUUUUAGCUGUCAAUUUUUGUUCUUGCUGGUAAUAGGUACUUAAAAGUUUGCAC